AUGUCAGACGAUCGCUGCUAUGGUAACAAGACCACGAGCUCUGGCUCGCAACUCUACGAAGUCUCUAGCCCUUACAUCUGUCCUGGUACCGAAUCUGUUAGCGGGAAUUCCCGCUGUUGCGGACACACCGGCGUAUGCCUUGCAAACGGCAUCUGUCAGUCACUCAGUCCCCCUCCCAACGGCACUGGCUACUAUAUUGGAAUGUGUACGGACCGCAAUUUCGAAGACAGAGACGUGUGCCAUAACGCCUGUUCAUCGCUAAAGGUGCAAGACAUCGUCUACAACAAAACGUCGGGCGUUUGGCAUUGCUGUGGACUCACUUCCAACGGCGAUUUGCGGUGUGAGAACCCUACCAAGAUAGUGGUCAAAGCCCCCUCACCUGCGGAUCUGCAAUCGCAGUACAGUGCCAGCAGUUCAUCCUUUACGGCGACAGCUUCAUCAACCUUGCCCGCAGAACCAACAAGCACGGGUACCUUGCCUAGCUCGACAUCUUCGGAAUCCAGUGGUAGUAGCGGCCUCUCAACCGGUGCACAGGCUGGCAUAGGUGCCGGUGUAGGUGUCGUUGCUAUCGCCGCCAUUGCUGGUAUCAUAUUCUUCCUGCUGCGCCGGCGGAGGAAGCAGCGCACGCCGCAAGCAAAGCCAGGAGUAGGUCCGUGGGGUUCACCAAAUGGCUAUCAGAUGAUGGCUCCUGGUCAGACACCGAUCGAUCAAACUGCCUAUGCAAAGCAGUUUGCACCCGAUCCUACGAACCCCGCUGCAUAUUAUGCUACACCUCCUUACGCUACACAAUCACCUGUACCCGUCGAGUUGAGCCCGCAGGCGACGCGUCCGGUCGAGCUGAUGGAAACAACGCGCAAGGAAAACUCCACAGCAGCAGAGUUGCCGCCGUAA